GGGAACGAGGUCACCACGUUGCACAAAUCACAAUCACAUCCCCUAUCGCAGCCUCCACAUGCAUUCAGAUCCAACGGAUUAAUCCCUCGAAGGAGCUCAGGAAAACUCCAAACAAAGCCAAACGCCUCGAGGCUGUCUUCGAAGUCCAAAAUCAAAGGCACGAUCGCAAAGAAGGCAUCUUCUUCCAAAAAGAAGUCUGUUGUCCUAAGCGAAGAUUUUAAUCUUGACAAUGAUUACAAUCAUGAAAACAUUGACGCAUACAACGAUGAUGAGGACGACGAUGUCGCCUCGGGACACUUCCCCGCAUUCGUCUCGUCGUCGGCAAUGUCGACGUCAUCAUCAUCAGACUCGGAUACAUCAUCUACAGGACUUGACACGGAUUCAUCGAUGGAGGCAGAAGAAGAAAGCUAUAUAUUAACAGAAGAAAGACGUCAAAACAAAGCUCGUGUCCGUCGAGAGCUAUUGGGUGAGGAGGGAAACAAGCGUAAAGACCCCCACAACAACUGGGUUAUACGCCCUCGGAAGAGGAGUGUCGGACUGAGUGAUGUCGAUAUGGAGAGCGACAGUGAUGACGCGACAGAAGGCGACGAGGAGGCGGAGGAUGAAGAAGAGGAAGGAGACGAUGAAGACGAAGACGUGGAUGGCCAGAGUUCGAGUGUUGCUUAUGCCGGAGUUGCUACCGGGUGGUCGGAAGACGAUGAAUCAACUUUCGACGCCGACAUUUUUUUCGCAAAUCUUUCAGACAUAGGUUCAGACGACGGUUCCUCUACCAAUGAUGAGGCCGGUCUUCAAUCAGACACGAUUCCUGACGAGAGCGCCGCCGCCGACAUCAUCAGCAGUAUCCAACGGAGUAUGGAUUUCGAAGUGACGGAGGGCUGGGAUGGUCAAAUUGUCUUCACAAAUGGCUUAAGUGAGGGUCAAGGCAUGGUUGACAUAGACUUCGAGACAAGCGCAGCUCAAUUGGUGGCGGAAGAUAGUGCAACUGUGAGCCAAGACAGUGAUGUCAGCAUGCACUCAACAGACGAAGAAGACGGUGAAUAUGAGGAGGGUGAAUGCGAACUGGGUGAAAGUGACGGUGAAACUACCGAGGAGGAACUCGUCGAUGAAAAUGGACUUCCCACUUCACAUGCCAUGACGCUCUUCCGUUGGCCUUCCAGCGUUUCAGCAAUUAAUCCAUUGUCUACCGUCAGUCCCACCGUCAGCCCCAGCCCUCAUGACCGUCGCACAUUCGGCUACAACUCUCAAGACCUUAGAGACUCCCCAAGACCCGCCGAUAUAUUAGCGGGCAAAGUCUUUUGGGACGAGAGUGAUGAGUUUGACCAUCCUGAUGGUCGAAUAGGGCAGAAUAGCAGUGUCACCGUCUCUAGGGGCGGUGCUCCUAUCAUGGGUCAAUUUUCUACGGAGAGCGAUAGCCCGCAAAAAACAGCGAUAUUGACCGGUUCGAACAAAGAUAUUCCGUCGCCUUUCCCUCGUCUGCUACGUAAUAAGGGAAGGUUGAGAUCAUCUAGUACUGGAAGCUUCAGCAGUAUGGACUUCCGCGGUCGCGCUACUUCUCGGCCAUCAUCUCUAUCAAUAUCAACAUCCUCUUCGUUCCCUGUACCGUCAUCAGAAGAACCCCUCUCACAAACAUCACCAGAGCUACCUCCUACUGAGCCAUUUGAUUUAGACGAUGUCUUAGACUCCUCUUAUCUUGACUCGGAACCAUCUGACAACCACAUUUUCUCGAGUACGGCGAGCGAAGGCGAGUCACAUAGGCACAUGCAAAACCUUAGCCGUUGGGACCGCAUCCCAAUGGGCACUUUCCGUCGUACUCGCGAAACCACGUCAAUCACAGGCGAUGUGGGUGGUUCUUCCAACUGGUCUUCCGAGCCCCAAAAUGCCAAUACUGCGUCCGAUGCUUUAUCAUACACAAACAUGAUGAAGAGUAGCCCCCUAAGCACGAUGCUCUGGCAUGGCAAGGGUCAAAAUGCAAAAGGCUCUCGGCGUAAGUCCAAGGCCCAUAUGAAUGUAAUCAUCUCCCCGGUCCUUCUACCAAUACGUGACGGAGAUCGUACUCCUACUCUGGCUGCAACUGAUCAGACUCUUCACACAAACUCUCAUAACCAUCAGCAAAAAAGCCGCAAAGAACUACGAAGGGAGAUGAAGAUGAAACGAAAAAAUUGCGGCCCUGUUCACCAGCAUCAUCGUCAUCAUCAACAACAACAUCAUUAUCACCAUCACCUUCCUAAUAUGAAGUCUCGAAGCACUGCUUCCAUGCAGCGCACAAAUUUCUUCAGUUCUCCUUCGUCUGUUCCACCUCUGAAUAUUUGAAGUCCGCUCGGUAAUGUCUUUCUACUUUUCGACCCCAACUUUGUUCCAUCCUUGAUUCAGUCUCUCGGGUUUGUUUGUAAAUCGUCACGUAUUUAAUUCAUGUUCUGACACAACCCUUCAUCUACAUUUCGUGUUUGUUUUCCCCACCUUUUACUGGAUUCCGUUCAUUAUAUCCAGUGCACUUAUUUGCUUCUGUGAUCCUCCGCUCCCUUUCUCUCUCUGAUCUCCUUGUAUUCAAGCAAUCUCCUCGUUUGACGUUUCUCUUCACUUCGACUCUGGCAAUUAAUAUUGUCAGGACGUAGAAACUGCUGUACUCACUGACAAUGUUAGUUAAGCUGUAAUUGCAAUGAUCCAAAAUGAAAUGUACUCUAGUUUCAACAAAGCUUCUCAAUCUGCGAGUUAUUUUCUG